AUGGCUCUGAAGGACACAUCCGCAGGAGCGGCAAUCUACGUCCCCGUUAUUCUUCGUUACGUCUACGAUCCUAUCGUCCUAGGCUUCUAUUGUCCAUGUGCAUGGCAAAUAUCAUCGAAAAGAUUACGGAGCUUUUUCAACAGCCACAUUACCAGCGCCGGUGCUCGCUCAAGGUCUCGAUUUCUCCAACAACAAAGCAAUCUCUCAAAAUCAGGCUCCUCACCAUGCCGAAUACUCGACAUUGGAGUAGGAACCGGAUACUUUAUCAAACACGCGCCAAUCCCAGAGGGUACUCAAGUAACUCUGGUAGACCUGAACCCCUCGGCUCUGCACGCCGCCUCAUCACGCACGCUCGAAAUGCACCCACAUGUCACCUGCAAAACCUCAGUAGGGGACUUCUUGGAUCCAUUAGCACGGGGGUUCUCAAGUGAAGAUUUUAACGGUGCCAAAUUCGACGCGAUCUCGGUCAUGAUGCUGAUUCACUGCGUUCCGGGUCCCCCGGCCAGGAAGGCGGAGGCACUGAUUCGAUUAAAGAGUCUUUUGACUCCUGACGGCAAGCUCUUCGGCGUCACGAUUCUGGGGAAGGGUGUCAAGCACAACUCUAUGGGUAAGGCUCUCAUGUUCUGGCACAACUUAUUUGGGGUUUUUGGGAACGCGGAGGAUGAUAUGGAGAGCUUUGUCGGGCCGCUCAGGGAGGCUUUCGAAGACGUCAGGUGGGAGGUACACGGAAUCAUGUUACUUUUUGAAGCGAGUAGACCGAGAUGUUGA